GCGGGGGCGGGGCCGAGCCUGGAGUGGGCGGGCCCAGGCGGGCGGGGCCGGGCGCGCCGCCCCGAGCUGAGUCUCCCGGCGGCGGGCGGCGGGGACCGGGCGCGGCGGCGGCUUCGGCGGGAGCAGCAUGGAUUGGGGCACCGAGUUGUGGGAUCAGUUUGAGGUGCUCGAGCGGCACACGCAGUGGGGGCUGGACCUGUUGGACAGAUAUGUGAAGUUCGUGAAAGAGCGGACCGAGGUGGAGCAGGCUUAUGCAAAGCAACUGAGGAGCCUGGUGAAAAAAUACCUGCCCAAGAGACCUGCCAAAGAUGACCCGGAAUCCAAGUUCAGCCAGCAACAGUCCUUCGUGCGGAUUCUCCAGGAGGUGAAUGACUUUGCGGGCCAGCGGGAGCUGGUGGCCGAGAACCUCAGCGUCCGCGUGUGUCUUGAGCUGGCCAAGUACUCACAGGAGAUGAAACACGAGAGGAAGACGCACUUUCAGGAAGGCCGUCGGGCCCAGCAGCAGCUGGAAAGUGGCUUCAAACAACUGGAGAAUAGUAAGCGCAAAUUUGAGCGUGACUGUCGAGAGGCUGAAAAGGCAGCCCAGACUGCUGAGCGACUCGAUCAGGAUAUCAAUGCCACCAAGGCUGAUGUGGAGAAGGCCAAGCAACAAGCCCACCUUCGAAGUCACAUGGCAGAAGAAAGCAAAAAUGAGUACGCAGCCCAACUACAGCGCUUCAACCGCGACCAGGCCCACUUCUAUUUUUCCCAGAUGCCCCAGAUAUUCGACAAGCUUCAGGACAUGGAUGAGCGUCGGGCCACCCACCUGGGGGCUGGGUAUGGGCUCCUGUCAGAGGCCGAGCUGCAGGUGGUACCCAUCAUUGCCAAGUGUCUAGAGGGCAUGAAGGUGGCUGCGGAUGCCGUAGACGCCAAGAAUGACUCCCAGGUCCUAAUUGAGCUGCACAAGUCAGGCUUUGCCCGCCCGGGUGACGUGGAAUUCGAAGACUUCAGCCAGCCCAUGAACCGCGUGCCCUCAGACAGCAGCCUGGGCACCCCCUCUGAUGGACGGCCUGAGCUCCGAGGCCCGGGCCGUAGCCGUGCCAAGCGCUGGCCCUUCAGCAAGAAGAACAAGCCACGCCCUCCACCCUUCUCCCCCCUGGGGGGCCCCCUGCCCUCGGCAUUGCCUAAUGGACCCCCAUCCCCCCGCUCCGGCCUCGACCCCUUGGCCAUACUGAGUGAGAUCAGUAAGUCGGUCAAACCGCGGCUAGCAUCCUUCCGCAGCCUUCGAGGCAGCCGUGGGACAGUGGUGACAGAGGAUUUCAGCCACUUGCCCCCGGAGCAGCAAAGAAAGCGACUUCAGCAACAGCUUGAAGAACGGAGCCGUGAACUACAGAAGGAGGUUGACCAGAGAGAAGCCCUGAAGAAAAUGAAGGAUGUAUAUGAGAAGACACCCCAGAUGGGGGACCCUGCCAGCUUGGAGCCCCGGAUCACGGAAACCCUGAACAACAUCGAGCGGCUCAAAUUGGAAGUGCAGAAGUAUGAGGCUUGGCUGGCAGAGGCAGAGAGCCGAGUCCUGAGCAAUCGGGGAGACAGCUUGGGCCGCCACACCCGGCCUCCAGACCCCCCAGCCAGCGCCCCACCAGACAGCAGCAACAGCAACAACAGUAGAUCACAGGAUAACAAGGAGAGCUCUGAAGAGCCCCUCUCAGAGGAGGGUCAGGAUGCCCCCAUCUACACGGAAUUUGAUGAGGAUUUUGAGGAGGAACCAGCAUCCCCCAUAGGUCACUGUGUGGCCAUCUACCACUUUGAAGGGCACGUGACGCACAUCCGAGCCCACUGCUACUCCAUGACAGGGUCCAGUGAGGGCACCAUCUCCAUGGCCGAGGGUGAAGACCUCAGUCUCAUGGAGGAGGACAAAGGCGACGGCUGGACCCGGGUCAGGCGGAAACAGGGAGGUGAGGGCUACGUGCCCACCUCCUACCUCCGCGUCACGCUCAACUGAACCCUGCCACAGGCGGGAAGAAGGGGGCUGUUGGCUGCUGCUUCUGGGCCACGGGGCGCCCCAGGACCUACGCACUUUAUUUCUGCCCCCGUGGCUUCAGCUGAGACCCGUGUAACCUGCUGCCCCACCCCCCACCCCUUCCGAACGGACCCGCUGUGCCUUCCACUGUUGAUGUACAUACUCGUGUUUCAGAUCUUUUCUUCCUGCCGCUGGGCUAGGGCCAUUUUGUUUUAUAUAAAAAAUUACCUAAA